GGGGCGCACGCGCCGCCCGGUGCGGGGCGAUCGCGCCGCUUCGCUACAUUGUAUCCGCCGGCGGCGGAGAACAAUAGGCGCCGCCGCCGCCCCCGGGCCUGGGCGCCGCGGCCGCCCCCGCCCCCGCCGCGACCCCCGACACCCUUCAUGCGCUUCCCCUGCCCCGGGCGCGCCGGGCCUGGAACAGGACUGCCACUGUUGAGUCUGUGGGAAUAUGAAUCAGCAGCAGCAGAGAAUGGCUGCAGUUGGGACAGACAAAGAGCUCAGUGACCUGCUGGACUUCAGUAUGAUGUUUCCCUUGCCAGUGGCUAAUGGAAAAAACAGACCCACGACCCUUGCGAGCACUCAGUUUGGAGGAUCAGGCUUGGAUGAAAGGCCGGGAUCAGGUUCCUGGGGAACGGCAGAUCAAAACAGCUCCACGUUUGACCAAGGAAGGCAGAGCUAUGGCGAAGGCCCCCACUACGGUGAGCACCGGGACCUGCCAUCCCACAACAGCAUCUCCUCGUCACCAUUCCUGGGAGCUGGACUCGUGGGGAAGAGCAGUGAAAGAGCCUCCUACUCCACAUUUGGAAGAGACACAGGGAUGCCAGGACUAAACCAGCCUGGUUUCCUGCCCAGCGAGAUGGGAAUCGCCAGCCCGAGCACGCUUUCCCCCACCGGGGGCAAAGGGGGGUCUCAGUAUUUUUCUUACCCCAACAAUCCUCGCAGGAGAGGUGCUGAGAGCAGCAUAGAUGGACAGCCCAAAAAGGUUCGGAAGGUGCCUCCUGGACUCCCCUCCUCGGUGUAUCCAUCCAACUCAGGUGAUGACUACAGCAGGGAUCCAGCUGGAUAUACUCCCUCGAAACCUCCCAGCACUGUGUAUCCUGGAGCCUUUUACAUGACAGAUGGACUCCAUAACUCACCAGACCUGUGGAGUUCCCCAGGUGCCAUGAGCCAGUCGAGUUACGGUGCCAUGCUGGGCAGCUCCUCGUCCCCGCUCCCGCAGUCCAGCGGCUUCAACAGUUUACACCAGCAUGAACGCAUGAACUACCAGCUGCAUUCCGGAGAGGUGAACGGUGGACUCCCCUCCGUGUCCGGCUUCUCCUCGGCCUCCACGGCGUACGGAGUGUCCAGUCACACCCCCCCGAUCAGCGGCACAGACACCAUCAUGGGUAACAGAGGAACCACAGCCGGGAGCUCCGGAGACGCGCUUGGGAAGGCUCUGGCCUCGAUUUACUCCCCCGACCACUCUAGCAAUAACUUCUCCUCCAACCCCUCCACCCCGGUCGGGUCCCCGCAGGGCCUCGCAGGCUCGUCGCAGUGGCCGCGGGCGGGCGGAGCGGGUGCCUUAUCUCCCAGUUACGAAGGGAGCCUCCACACUUUGCAAAACAAAAUGGAAGACAGGUUGGAUGAAGCCAUCCACGUGCUGAGGAACCAUGCCGUGGGCCAGACCUCUGCCAUGCCCAGCAACCACGGGGACAUGCAUGGGCUGCUGGGCUCAGCACCAGCACACAGUGCUGCCGUGGGCAGCCUGGGCCAGGCCUUCCCCGCCUCAGUCAUGGCCCUGGGGAGCAGGCACCCAAGUCUGGUGGGAGGAGGCCACCCCGAAGAUGGGCUGUCCAGCAACCCCAGCUUGCUCCACAACCAUGUCACACUUCCAUCACAGCCCAGCUCACUCCCGGACCUCAGCAGGCAGCAGGACACGUACAGUGGCUUGUCCGGGGGGCUGGGCCGGAGCAGCGUCUCCUCAGGAACAAGCGAGAUAAAGAGGGAAGAGAAGGAGGAUGAGGAGAACACGUCAGUGGCAGAUAACUCAGAAGAGGAGAAGAAGGAGCUAAAACCCUCCCGGAAUAGAACAAGGUGCUCUUUGAACAGUCAAGAUGAGGAUGAGGAGGACGAUCUUCUUCCCCCAGAGCAAAAAGCCGAGAGAGAGAGAGAAAGGAGGGUCGCCAAUAAUGCCCGUGAGCGCCUGCGGGUUCGUGACAUCAACGAGGCCUUUAAGGAGCUCGGACGCAUGUGCCAGCUGCACCUAAACAGCGAAAAACCGCAGACCAAACUGCUAAUCCUACACCAGGCCGUAUCAGUCAUACUGAACCUGGAGCAACAAGUUAGAGAGCGCAAUCUGAACCCAAAAGCGGCCUGCUUGAAACGUCGGGAAGAGGAGAAAGUGUCCGGAGUGGUAGGAGACCCCCAGAUGACACUGUCAGCUUCCCAUCCUGGUCUAGGAGAUGGUCACAACCCUGUUGGACACAUGUAAAGAUCUUUUUGUUCCUCUGGAUACGGAGAUCUGUAGGAAGAAAACCCUUGGUGUGACCUGCAACCCUGUUGAACCAUAAACUGUAGUACUGCUCAUACUGACACACGCAGACGGAUCCUGGCGUGACGUAAGGGGUGGAAAAAACACUUUGUCAAAAACAAAACGGAAACAAAAAAUUGCCUUAAGUAUAAAGUGCAGAACAGUCAAUACAUAUCACUCAGUUAGGAGGGGGUGGCGUGUUCUCUUGGCUUGUUCACAAGCAGCCAGCAGCAAAAUUGUGCCUAAGCUUGAUAUUUCUUUUUUAAAAAAAAAGAACAUUAGUUAUGAGAUUUUUUUAUGUAGAACAAAUAGCAAUGCCUUUUGGUUUUUUUAGCUUCUUUUGCAUAUGUUUUGUAAGCAACGAAAAAAUUUUUUUUUGUAUAAAAACAUGUCUUGUACCCUCCGCUUUUCUGCUGCUGUUUCUAUAGUUAACGUUGCAUCUUUAGGAUCAACCAGAAUAUUAAAAUUGUAUUAAGAGAGACUGGAUAUAAAGAGAGGAAUUCUCAGAUUCGGCUCGGAAAGCCACUAAAAGCGAAUGUAGCCACAGUGAGGGAAUGUUCUUCCUUGCCUGGCUUGUACCUUCCAUGACAAAAAACAAACUCGUGCUGAAUUCACCAUCUCUUUUCUUCGGCCACUUCUGAUUUGGGAAAAGGAAGUUAAACAGCAAAGCGAGUGGCAGCAGUGCUCCCGCUCCCCGGGCAGUGACUGAGGCGCUCGGCGAGGUUUGCCUUGUCCCGGGGAUGCCGAGGCCCCCCGGGGCAGAGGACGAGGCCGCGGCUGUUCCGGAGCGUCGCCGUGGGGAGGACGAGCUGCUGGGAGAGGGCAGCCCCGGGUGGAGGACCAAGGGACUGAGGCGCUUCCAGGUGAGCAGAGCAGCAAGGGAUGCACGAGGGAAGCGCCUGUUCCCACAGGGCAGAGCUGCCCGAGGCACUUCCAGGAGCAGCACUGAACAAAGACCGAGUGAACAAAGCUGGAGCACUGGCAAGAGGCGGAGGCAGCGGAGCAGCAGCGGGAUACAGGGCCAGGAAGCCGGGCAGCAGCAGACUGAGGGUGCUGGAGGCAGGGAAGGAGCAGCGAGCCGUGAGCAGCAGCAGGAUCCCUUCUCACACUGGAGCCAUCGGAAAUGCAAAAUGCUGCCUCGAGGAAAGGGGUGGCUUCACACCCCACUGUCACCUGCUGUCACAUCUCCCAGGCAUCCUUGGAGGCAAACUGAGCUCAGCACUGCCACGGGAUGUGAGUGGCCACAAGUCACCUGCACAUGGGCUCCUCCCUUGGCACUGGGAAGGAGGGCAGCAGGAGCUCCUGUCCUUGUGCUCCAGCAGCCAAGCUGGGCCAGCUGUCCCUUCACUCCAAGGGAUUCCCAGUCACUCCACACCACUCUGGUGUGCUCAGCAGGAGGAGGAUCCCUGGCAGCCCCUCUGGGUGCCCUGGAGGUGUGGAGCAAAGAGGUGCUGGGCAGUGCUGAGCUGCAGCAGCCGGUCUGGAGAUGGCCAUGGCAAAACAUCGACCAGGAAUUUGCUCGUUUCUUCCCUCUCCUUCCCUUUGUGAAACGUUUUGUGCCUGGUUCUUCCCAGCUCUGCGGAGCCCAGUCAGGCAGGAUGGUGCAAGAGACAUGGGUACUGGUCUGGGAGGAAGUGGGGAACUCCCCUCUCCCCUGCAGGCUCUAUCUCUCCCUGUGCUGCUCCAGCCUGGGCUCCUGGGGAAGCUGUGUUGCUGUGGCACAGGGAAAGGGAGGGACUGGCAAACAGGAUUAGGUCCUGUGGCAUUUGCCAGCAACCCCAGGCUCUUGGCAUAACCUGGUGCUCCUCCACGUGCUUUGUGCUGGGGCAAGCUCUGCUGGAAGUGCUCAGGGCAGUGCUUAUCUCCCACCCACACCUGGGCACUGUGGCCUCAGCCCCUGUGGCAGCUCCAGGCUGAGCCACUCCAAGUGCCAGGGCAGGAUGGGACUGUCCCUGCUGCCCCUGGCCCUGCUCCGGGGCUCCCCAACAUCCACCAUCACUCUGAAGCUUUUGGGUGCUCCCACCAUUCCUUCUGCAUGGUGAGACCUCAGCAGCCCCAGCUCUGUCCCUGGGAAGGGCAGGAAACUCAGUGGUUCCAGUAAGCCAGUGCUUCUUGCCUGUGUCAACAGAUGCAUUUUAGCCUAAUCAGCUCGUCAGGUUACACCACUUCCCUCCCUGGGGCUCUUGUGGGUGCUGAAGCAGUGGGCAGGGAGAUGGAUGAGGUUUUCCUCCCUGUGUGACAGCCUUGACUCCCAUUCAUGCUCUGGAGUGCAAACUGGAGGGCUCACCAGCUGCUUUCUGUUUCAUCCUGCUCCAUUGGUGGGACUGCUGGGGCUGCAAAGUACCCACUGCUCAGGGGUUUUGGCUGGCUCAGUGCCCCUGUCCCAGGACCAGGAGGGAUGGAGCAGUGUCCCAGCCCUGGAAAGCUUGAAACCCUACAAAAAAUAUUUAAAAGUGGUUCACAAACCCUUUGAUUUUGCCCCAGGAAUUGGAGGUGGCAAGAAUGGUCAACUGGACUUAAAGGGACUAGUCAAGAAAAAUCCAUAAAUUCAACAAAAUUGGAAACCUGAGAAGAUCUAUGAGUUGUCCACAAAUUUGCUGAACUUCUUUAUCCCCUCCUAGUGCUGUAGGCCAAGGAGGAAUCCUGAUGAGCCAGAGCCUUUCUCACCAUGCCAGAAUCUCCAGGCAUUGCAACAAAAAUGGGGCUUUUCAUCUUAGGUGGUUUAAGAUGUUACUUAUGACAGCAAAUCCAGCCAGCUUCCUUCCAUGGCAAGACUUGGGUGAAGAUCCUUAAGCAUGAGCCCUCAGAGGCAGGGUUUGGAGAGAUCAUCUCAAAAGCACAAUGUAGGGGGUGGCACUGCUCUCCCUGGAGCAACCUUGAUGGCACAGGGUGACAGUUUUGUGUGCCAGCCCAGUGUGGCCUCAGUGGCAUCUAUGCUUUCCAGGUGCUCAGGAAACAAUUGGGAAGAGCAGCAAGGAAAAAUUUGUCUUGCCAGUGUGUUUGGCUCAGUGUGAACAUGGUGCCUGUAAUCUGCCAGGGAAAGUGGUUUUUCUAAAAACAACCAUUGCCAGGUGCUGUCCCCAAAAUACCACCAGCCCAGCCCAGAAAUGUCACCCUGUAGCAAUGAAACUCUUGUCUUUAGGUGUUGUGGUCAGUGAGGGCCAGGUCUGCACUCUCCCCAGCCCACAGCUCUGCUUCAUUCCACUUGGGAUCUCAGAGAUCCCCAGACCUGCUUCUUUGCCUGUCUGUGUGUCCCCCACAGCAGUGGUGCUGCCAGGAGAGGUGUCACGGUGGGUGACAUGCUGUAUGGUGCCAUUUAUUCCAUUUUCUCCUUCCUCUCUCAGCCUUUGCUUGCAUGGCUGCUCCUGGGGGCACAUGCCCUCCUCUUUGGGGGCCACUGAGCCCCCCCAAAGCUUCCUUCAUCAGAUGGGGGAGCUGCCUUCCCUUCUGUGCAGCUUCUAGUCCCUCUUUCCCCAGGCUGCAUCCCAGUGGGGCACUGCCAUGGGACAUUUCCUGUGUCCCCAGCCCAGGGGCCUCCUGUUGCCCUGCUCAGCCAGCCCCCUGCCUCCCUGCACACAAGCUGUGCAUGCCACAGGACUGGGGAGCAUCUGCAAUCCACUCUAUGAACAGGAAAAUUGCAGAUUGUUGUUUUCCCCCUUUUCACCUGCUUUUUCCCCAGAGCAAAGCAGCUGCAGCCUCCCAUGGGUUGGUGUUCAGGCAGUGGUGGCAAUGUGGCUGCUCCUGCUCACAGCCCGGGGAGCCGAAUUCCAGCUGUGUGGCAGUCACCCCCUGUCACAGCCCCCAGCCCAGGGAGCUGAAUUCCAGCUGUGUGGCAGUCACCCCUGCCCGUGACCCCCACUCACAGCCCCAGCCAGCAGCUCUCAGGGCUCUCUGCUCCCCUGCUUUCACAGCUGCCCCCCAGAGCUGUGCUGGCAGGAAGGAUGGACUCAACCUGUGGUUUCCUCAGGAGGCUGUAAUUCCAGAGUCAGGGCAGAAACUGCUCUCCAAGGUCCCUUGUGUCCCACCGGUGUCCCCACUGAAGCCAGCAGAGCUUUUGGGCCCUUGCUGAGUAGUUCCAGUUGUGGGGGAUGGAGAAACAGGAGGUUUUGGAACCCCCCCAAUCCCCUGCACCCCUUGAGCUUUGCUGCCAACUUUGUGGCCAGUGGAACCCGAGUUCCUCUUGCAGGCCCUGCUGUGCUGUACUGGGGAGCCUGGGCCAGCUCCAGUUCUAUCCGUGGGCUGUGGGAGGUGAAGCAAAGCUGGGGAUGGAGCUGGGCCUUGAGCCCUCCACGUGCAGUGCUGGCAAACCCAGAGCGAGCCCUGGCCACUGGACUCCUCCAUUCCUGCCCAACACCAGCAAUAGCAAGGCCUGUUUUCUGUACCCCGAGCUUGCACAAGGUCUUUGCCCUGUUAAAAAUCCUAUGCAAAUCUUAUCCCUCUCCCCUCUCCCGGGGCUCUGCUGAUCCCAGCCCAGCCAGUUAUCUCUGCUCUUGUCUGUAAUUCCUGCUCCCUGCUGCCCUCAGGGUCCAGCUUCAUUCCUGGCAGCUCCAAAAGCAUUUUGAGACCUGUGCUCUGGAGCUGGGAGGGGGCAGGUGAGACUGUAGGAACACCCAGCUCCUACUGAGCACUGAACUGGAAGGGGCAGGGCCUGGUCCUGGGGCUCCUCCAUGCACCCUUGAUCCUCCUGUGCCUUCUGCUCGAUGCUGGUGGGGCUCUGCCAGCAUCCCUCAUCCCCCUGAAAGGAGAAGCUCUGUUCCACCUUGCUGCUGCCCAGACUGCCCUGUUCUAACACCUGAGCCGCAGGCUUGGCUGGGGCUGCUCUUCCUUCAGCCACCCCAAGCCUGAAGGGCUUUGUCCCGUGCUCCCCAAUCUCUCCAGCCAGCAUCUCUGAGCUGUUUCCCUUUGCAGAGGGGCAGCCCAUGCCAGCAGCUGCCCAUCAGCUGGGAUGCAGGCAGGAGGAUUUGGGGGGUGGGUGCUGCCAGUGUCCCACAGCACAGCUCCCUCUCCCUGCUCUUGGGGACCUGGUGCUCUGUACUUUGAUUUCGAGGACAAUUCAGCCCUUUUGGGGAGCCAGCACAGCUGUGCCUGCAGGACUCCCACGGGGAGGGGGCUCUAGUUAGGAGCGUGGUGCAGGCUCCUCAUGACCUUCUGCCAAACUUUGUGUGUCCAUCUGUAGCCCAGCUCUGGGCCAAGGACACUCCUGUCGUGGGUCUCCACAUUGGUAUCUCUGUUCCCCUGGGUUUGUACCCCUCCUGCUCCUCAGGGCUCCCCGUUCCCACCCUGGCCCAGCCAAGCGAGGCUCUAACUAACACUCACCGCAGGACAUCUCAGCCCAGCGUGGCUGCAGCACCAGCCCAGGAGAGCAAAGGCAUUUCUGCUUCCAAAGGGGAUGUCCUGGUACCGAGGCCAUUGGCCAAAGAGCAUCCCCGUGCCCUGCAUCCCUGGGCUGUGCCCCGGGAACCAUGGAGCUCCUGGAGGCAGUGAGCUGGGGACACCACGGGUCCCCCUUGCCAGGGCCACGUCUUCCCAAAUCACCAGAACCCACCAGCUUUUGGGCAAACCUUGUACCAUGGAGCCACCUGGGAGGGAAGGAGCCACUGCUCCUGUGCCAGGAGAGGGGAAAGAGGCGCCUGGGGAGGCAGGACAGGGAGGAUCCCAGCAUUGGGAAUGACCUGUUGGGUGCCGAGGGCUCCAGCUCUCUGGGGAAACAAAGCAUUCCUGGGAUGUUCUUUAUAUUUUUGUAGGAAUGGGGGGUGGGAGAGCAGAUGGGAGAUGCCUGCGGAAGUUGUUUAUUUUUAACCCUGUAGAAAGUUAUGGGUUGUUUUUGGUUUUUGGCCUUUAAAAUGAAAAAUGGUCCUUGCUUUUGAUGUUUAUGCUGCCUACCUGUAAAUCCAGAUGUACUUAAGUGGCUGAAAUCCUUGUUCUUAAAUCAGAUACACAUUAUAGUUUUGAACUAUAUAUAUAGUAAAUAUAUAUAUAUAUAUGCCUAACCCAGCAAAAAAAAAAAAUUAAAAAAAUAAAGUAUUUGGGGGUGGGAAAUGCGUUGCUCUUUGAAAUGAAUCACAAUUGGGGGAUGAAAUUGUGUUUCUGAGUGCCUCAAGAUAUGAAUUGUUUUCAUUUUUUUAAAUAAUUUUAUACAAGUGUCAAAACAGCUGGCUGGAUUAUUUGGAAUUUUUAAAUAAUCCUAACUUUUUUAAAGUAGAUUUUGAGAACUGUCCUGUAUAUAACAGUAAUGUAGCAAUAAAUGUGACAUUUUAUAACAAUA